UAUUUUUUCGUAUAAAGGUUUUGUUGGCAAUGUCUCAAAACAAGAAACUAAACCAUUCAACUUCACUGAAUACAGCUGUUUGUUUGGGUGAUUUGCACCUUGUUGAACGGCUGCUCAGCAAUAACGCCGAUGUAAAUGCACCUGGUGCCCCUAUCACACCGCUAAUAUACGCCUGUUUGGACGGUCAUCUCGAGAUGGUGCAAUUAUUGCUGAGAAAUGGCGCCAACGUUGAUGCGCAGGAUGAUAAAGGUUAUACACCGCUGAUGAUGGUCGCCAUGGAGGGCCAUGUGGAAAUAGCCAAGGUACUUCUUGAGCAUGGAGCCGGCAUCAACAAUGAGUUUUUGAACAGUGCUUUGACACUGGCCUGCCACGAGGGCCACUUGGAUAUGGUGCGUUUGCUGCUGCAAGCCGCCGCCGAUCAUAAGCAUAAAAUCGUCGAGAUGCAGAAGGCUCUCAUAGCGGCUUCAAAGGGUGGCCAUGUCGAAGUAGCAAGAUUGCUAUUGGACUCCGGAGUCAGUAUGCGGAUGGAUUCAUCUUCGAUCACAUUGGCAGUCAACGGUGGUCACGUUAAGUUGGCCACUUUACUCUCCGAGCGCAAGGAACAUGAGGAAAUAAUGGCAAAGCUCGAUAGUAUGAAAGGGUGGUCACGUUAAGUUGGCCACUUUACUCUCCGAGCGCAAGGAACAUGAGGAAAUAAUGGCAAAGCUCGAUAGUAUGAAAUUGUAAAAGAAUCAGAAAACUUAAAUAAAUGAAUAAGAAAAGUAA